ACACACGGUGAAGUUUGACAGUCUCCGUUCAGGCAGCGCAGCGGUUGAUGCCGGUUUGUUUGGCCACUGGUGCACAGUUGCGCUUCUGCUCUCAAUUGUAAACUACUCCUGGAACAACUAAACAGCCCACCCUUGGAUUUGAAAGGAAUUAUAUAGACUUCGAGUGAUUGGCUUUGGUUUAUUUAUUUUUUUGUUCCAUCUUGCAGAGACUGAGAAAUGACUGCCAACAUGUCUCUGGAUCAUGACGAUGUGAAUAAACUGACCGAAAGUACAUACAAGAAUGUGAUGGAGCAGUUCAACCCAGGUCUGAGGAACCUGGUUAAUCUGGGGAAGAACUAUGAGAAAUCUGUAGCCGCGAUGACUCUUGCUGGGAAGGCGUACUUUGACGCUGUGUCAAAGAUAGGAGAGACUGCUUCCGUGUCCCCUGUCUCCAGAGAAUUAGGUGUGGUUCUGAUGGAGAUCUCUGAGGUGCACAGGAAGGUUCACCUGGAGCUGGAGGAGAACUUCAAGCGGUUCCACAAAGAAAUCAUUGCUGAGCUGGAGAGGAAAACAGAGAUGGAUGUCAAAUAUAUGACUGCCACAUUCAAGCGGUACCAGACGGAGCACAAGCUGAAGCAGGACUCUCUGGAGCGCUCUCAGACGGACCUGAAGAAGCUGCGGAGGAAGAGCCAGGGGAAACAAGUCACCAAGUACGAGAUCAAGGAGAACGAGUAUAUGAAGACCAUCUCGUCGCGGCAGACUGACAUGCAGAAGUUCAUCGCUGAUGGUUGCAGAGAGGCCCUCCUGGAGGAGAAGAGAAGAUUCUGCUUUCUGGUCGACAAACAUUGCAUGUUCUCCUACCAUGUCACCGCCUUCCAUGAGAAGGCCAAAGAGCUGCUGGCGGUGAAGCUGCCCAGCUGGCAGGAUAAAUGCAGUGAUGCCACCAAGGUCCCUGACACAGUGAUGACCAUGAUAAAGGGGCUCCGCACUCCCAUGUCUGGAUCCCCAGAAGCCUCGCCUCGCGUUGAGCGCUACAACAGGAGCAAUGGGGACUCGAUGGUUCCCCCACCAGCCCCCCAGCUGAAGGCCCAGAUCAGUCCACUGGUUAACAUGUUCAACCAGGACGCCUCCAUCACAUCCACAUACGCCUCCACAUCAGACCACAACUCAGUUUUACAGAGUCUCACACCACCUUCCCCAUACCAGGGCAGUAUGGAGGACGGUGGCAGUCUGUCUCUGUCCAGGUCGGUGUCGAUAGGUUCGGGGCUGAACGUGGGCAGGAAGCAACGGGUCAGGACCAUCUUCCCUCACACGGCCGGCAACAAUAACACACUCCUUUCCUUUGACGAUGGUGACAUCAUCAUGCUGCUAAUCCAGGAGGACAAGGACGGAUGGCUGUAUGGAGAGCUGGAGAAUACCCGGCAGCGGGGGUGGUUUCCUUCAUCAUACUGCCGACCUUACAAUGAACCACUGAUCUCAAACAGUUUGGGGACACCGGUGCGCUGUCUGAGUGUGGCCAGUCUUCCGGAACAGGAAGAGGAAGAGCCUGUUCUGCUGCCGCCGCCAGACUACAGUGACGGGAAGGAGAGUAGCCCUGUCAGAAUGGUCAGCUCCUCCACACCCUCACCCCAAAACACGAUCUUUCUACCCAAUGGGGUUGGAAAGGCUCCCUUUCUGGGAGGUGGGAAUCCCUUUGCCACUGUCAAACUGAGACCUACAGUGACCAAUGACAGAUCCGCACCAAUCGUCUGAUAACCAGGGAUCAUCCAGACAGAGGAUUUGUGAAGCUCGGAAUCUCUGCGCCACCAACACUUCAGAAUCACAGUCCGACAAGAUGUCCAGAUAGCCUGGAUUUUACUCUGCUUCAGAAAACCAGCUCUGUUGUUGCUAGGUCCGUUGCAACUGCAUUGUAAAACAGACCAGUGAAGUGACAAUAAAUAUGGGCAGUGCUGAGACAGACUCAUAUCCAGGCUACCUUCCUGACUCUUCAGCACUCAGAUAAAAAAUGAAUAAUACUAAUAAUAAUAAUCUGUCCGUAGUAGUUGUGGGAAUGAUGGGAGAGAGACACGUGUUGAGAGAAGAAGAGCUCAAUUAUUUGCCAUGUUUACUUUUUCAUUAUUAUGUGCCCAUUUUUAAAUGCGGAGACUAUUUGUGUAAACAUAUGUAACAAAUUGAGUUUAAACAGUGUGAGUUUAUGGAAGAAGGAAUAUACCGACUAUAGGCACAGACAUCCGUUCAGUGUCUAUUUUUGAUUGACAGUUGGCUGAGUUGUCUACUAAUGUGAAUUCAAUGUGAAAUCAACAAGAAAAUUACACCAUGUCAUUGGAUUUAGGUUCAAAGUUGGUUGAAAAAAAAAGACUAAAUUCCCUUAUAGUGAAGACUUCACGCAAAAUCCAAUCUGUUUUCCAUGUUGAUUCAACUUCAUCACAAAUAUGUUCUGUUGUUGAAAUGACGUGAAAACAAAGUUGAUUCAAUCCAUUUAUGCCGAGCAGGUAGUAGUGGACAUUGUUUUAUUAAAAUAAGGGAUUUUUGAUUUGACACAGACUACUAAAUGAAUGUAUUCUGAGUGGGGAAUGCAUUGACAUAUGGACCCUGCCACGCUUUUUCUUUAUACUUUUAAAUUGUAUUUUUUCAUACUUCUUCAAAAGUUCAUGAUGUUUAUACAAUAAUUGUACGGUGGAAAUGUAUCUUUGGCUUUUCAUGGUAAGCUAAAGGUUGUGUGCAUACAAAUACACAAUUGUUGCAAAUCACAAUCACAUUGUUUUUGGUAGAAAUACAGUAUGAGCCACGCAGUAUAUCAAAAGAGUCAACCGUUGUAGAGUAUUUCAUGAUACACACCACACUGCUGUCCAUACUAAUUGAUGAUUACCAUCCCGAAUAAGUAUUUGAAAAGAACACUGGACAUGGUUCCUCCUCUUCUAUCUCUGUUCAGAUACUGAUGUGUAUUGUUUUCAUUCUCUAAAGGUGAGAAGGAAAAGGAUGUAACAUGAUGUUCUGUCCUUGUCCUCAAGUUUUGUAAAUAUAUCAUGGGCAAAAUGGUUGUCUGAAAAAAAAAUAUAUAUAUAUUUCUUGGCACCAUGUAGACUAAUGUAAUGUUAUCUCACAGUGAACCAGGAUAAACCUUACAUGGUCCUUAUUCAUGUAUUGGCUUUGCAAUGUACUGCCACAGCCUACUGUGUAUCUGUAUGAAGACUUGCAUAAUAAUUGAAAAUGUUGUUCAUCCCUUAAUACACGAGAUGAAAUGGAGAAUAACAAGCCUUG